AUGUCCGGGGCCUCUGGAGGCAGAUCUCACCGUGCAACUUCGUCCACCGUAGAUUCAGACCCGAGUUUACACCGGAGAGCCUCUUCUGUCUCCAAACCAACCGAUCACGGCCUUGAUAUCGAGAACAUCCCACCUGAACCGAUGAAGGGUUCUCCCACCAUCGCCCCGAUGACACAAAGCCAGCGGUCGAGAUACCUGAAAACAGGUGGAAUCCUUGCGUUCAUACUAUUUAUAAUAUACGUGCUCGCCCCUUCAUCACGGACGCCGAAUCUCCCUCCUCCCGGACCAGACUCAGCGACGAAAUGUACAAAGCCGUACGAUUCCUCUAAACCUCUCAUCCAAUAUGUCUUGAUGAUUGAUGCUGGCAGCACGGGAUCGAGAAUCCAUGUCUAUCGCUUCAACAACUGCGGUCCAACUCCAGCACUGGAAAAUGAAGAGUUUAAAAUGACUGAGACGAAGGAGGGCGGCUCUGGUCUCAGCUCAUACCGUGAGGACGCUGAGGGUGCAGCCAAGAGUCUCGACCCGUUGAUGGAGGUUGCCAUGAAGACUGUCCCAGAAGAAUAUAGGUCUUGUUCCCCCAUUGCCGUCAAGGCUACUGCUGGGUUGCGAAUGUUGGGCAAAGAUAUGAGUGACAAUAUUCUUAAGGCCGUCAGAACUCGGCUGGAGACUGUAUACCCAUUCCCAGUUGUCUCAGAGGCACAAGGCGGUGUCGAGAUCAUGGAAGGCAAGGAUGAGGGUGUUUAUGCCUGGAUUACAACCAAUUACUUGCUUGGAAACAUUGGUUCUCCAGAAGAGAUCCCAACCGCUGCCAUCUUUGAUCUGGGAGGCGGUUCUACUCAGAUUGUUUUCCAGCCAACCUAUAAUGGCAAAGGACCAGACGGCCUUCCAGAGAAAAUGCCAGAAGGCGACCACAAGUACGCCCUCAAAUUUGGUGGCAGAGAGUUUAUUCUCUACCAGCACUCCCACCUUGGGUACGGUCUGAUGGCCGCUAGGUCCGCUAUUCACCGUUACCUCAUCGAGACCAAGCAUGAGCUUAGCCCUAAUGACAAAGGCUGGCUGAAACAGAAGGUGGUGAACCCAUGUAUUGUUCCGGGGAUGUCUCGCAAUGUCAGCAUUGAUUUAGGAGAUAACCAUGCCCUGGGGAAGGAAGUCGAGGUACUCAUGGUUGGCCCCAAGGAAUCUUCAGCUGCUCAGUGCCGAAACCUUGCGGAGAAGAUUCUCAAGAAGGACGCAACUUGCAACCUUGCCCCAUGUUCUUUCAACGGAAUCCACCAGCCCUCCCUUCGCAAGACUUUUGCUAAAGAGGAUGUCUUCAUUUUCUCUUACUUCUACGACCGCACCUCUCCCCUCGGAAUGCCCGACUCAUUCACUCUCCAUGACCUUCAUGAACUGACUUCAAUUGUCUGCGGCGGCGAGGAUAGCUGGGGCGUUUUCCAAUCCAACAGCAGCGCCAUGAAAGAGCUAAGUGACCGCCCUGAAUACUGUUUGGACCUUAACUUCAUGCUCGCCCUCCUACACACUGGAUAUGAGAUGCCUCUGCAAAGAGAAGUCAAGACGGCGAAGAAGAUUGACGGAAACGAACUCGGUUGGUGCCUGGGUGCAAGUCUCCCCCUCCUCAGCAAGAACUCCGGGUGGGAAUGCCGUAUUAAGCAGAUUUCUUAA